UUUCAAUUCAAAUGCAACAACAAGAGCACAAAGACGAUUUAAGACUUAAGAUUCUUCUUUAAUCAUCUAUUAAAGUUAAAACUGAAACAUAAUGCAAAUAUGUAGAUAAAAUAAUUCCUUUGAAUGAAAAUCAAGCUUUUAUUUAUUAUGAUGGGGGCUCAUAUGAAGUAUAUGAUAUAGAAUCACAAUAAAUUAUUGGCAAAGGAUAAAUUGUUAAUGAUAUCAAAUAUUUCAUUCAAAUAUAUCCAGAGUACAAUUUAAAAUAAUAAUUAGUACCUUGAGUUUUCUUGAUCCUGAAGAUAUGAAAGUUAAAUUACUUGAUCUUAAAACUCACAGAGAAAAUCCUUCAUUUGUUUUUGCCUCAAGUAAUGUUGUCAAACAAAAUAGUGAAAAACAAUAAAAAGAAACAUUGGCAGAUAGUAAUAAUCAAUUUAAUUUUAGAGUUUCGUAUUAUGAUCUUAGAUAAAGAAUCAGAAAAGAUUCGAUACUUAGUUACUCAAGAUUUAGAAAAAUAAUAUUCUAACAAUAAUGCCUGUCACUUUGUUAUUAGAAUCCUACCAUUAAAAUAUACACAUGACACUGUAUUCGAUCUCAAUCCUGUUAUUGAAUAUAACUAUCCAAAUAAGACAGGAUAAACAGAAUUGUUGAAUUGGCAAGUUGAUGAAGAAACUUUUGUUGUUUUUGGAUAAGAUUUUGAAGUUGGACAAGCUGAAAUGCUUUUAAUCAAACCACAUCUUCAUGAAAAGGCAUUUUAUGUCAUUCACAUAAAAGAUACCAUUUCUUAUACAUUAAUAAAUGUUACAAAUUGGAUUCAUCCUCAUCUUAUUGCUAUUUGGUAAAACAAUAAUGAUGGAAAUGCUAAACCAACCAUUUUUACGAUUGAUAUAAGAUCGUAUUAUGAUGGCUAAAACUGGUUACCUGAACCAGAUUAUAAUCCAACUAAAGUAAAUUAUUGAUUUAUCUUUAGGUUAGAGAUGAUUAUGUUGGAGAUGAACCAGUUACAUUUAUGGAUAUUUAUCAAUUUUAAUUGAAUUCAACAUAUGUCUUGUAAUUUAGACUAGUCGGAGUAGAACCUAGAUUAUCUUUAAUUAAUUAUGCCAAUAUUGAUAAACCUGAACUAAUUAAUGAAGUAAAAAUAGAUGAUUUCUUCCAUGAACUUCCAUCUAAUAGAUCUUAUUUAUUAUAAUAUAAUGAAUUAGAGUAUAAUAUAUUUGAUAAAUUUAGAGUAAAGAAUGGAGUUGUUGAAUUUAGCAUAGUAUUCCCAGUUGAUGCAAGACAUUAAUUAUUGCAAAUUAUGGAAAAAGCAAAACUUAUUGAUAAAUAUGGUAUCAAUAAUGUUGAAGAAUUAUUUGAAUUUUAUUAAUGAAAAUUCAUAUAGAAAGUUAAG